GCUCUGUAUUUCAUUAGCGGGCAGCGCAAACAUCAUUUGAAUGGCGGGAGGCGGUCAUUGGUGAAUCGCGCGUCUGCAGUAACGUCAGGAGAUUUGUGAAUCGCAGCUGGAAUGCGAGCUUGAUUCAGACAAAGCAACGGCGCUGAAGAGACGCACACCGGACCGGACUGCCACAUCACGCACAGAGCCAUGAAGGGAGAGCAUUUAUUUGGCAACAUGAGAAGCGCUCCAUUUCUCCAGCGAGUGUAUCUGCUAGGGGGAGAGGAGCUGGUCGUUCUGCUGCCCACCGUAGGGGAGUCUUCACUAGGUUUUCAUCAAAUCACCGACUUCAAUGAUCUCCCCACAUCCCUAUUCGCCUGCAACGUGGACCAAUCAGUAUUUGAAGACCAGGAAGACAAGGAAAUGUUCGAGGCGCUUUUCCUCGCGUACGAUGAAGGUGUGACAUUCCAGCAGUUUAAGAGCUUCCGACGUGUACGAAUCAACUUUAGUAACCCCAAAGCAGCAGCAAGCGCCAGAAUAGAACUGCAUGAGACGCCAUUUAGAGGAAAAAAACUUAAACUUUACUUUGCCCAGGUGCAGAACCCAGCAUCUGAAGGAGAUAAUUUACACCUGGCUCCUCCCCAGCCUUCAAAACAGUUUCUCAUCUCCCCUCCAGGCUCACCACCAGUAGGCUGGCAACAGAUCGAUGAAGCCAAACCGGUUAUUAACUACGACCUGCUGUAUGCAGUUGCUAAACUCGGCCCAGGUGAGAAGUUUGAGCUUCAUGCGGGCACAGAGUCGACGCCCAGCGUGGUUGUCCACGUCUGCGACAGCGACGCGGAUGAAGAGGAGGAACCAAAGACCAACCCUAAACCAAAAAUCAUCCAGACCCGACGCCCGGACCUGCCCGUCUCACACUGAGAACUCUACAGUUCCCGCAGGAGGAUCUGUACCCUCCCCAUUUUCUUCACAGGACCUCUGUCAAGCCCCUUCAGAACCUUGUUAAACACACAACCAGGGUCUGACGGAUUCAGAUCCGCGUUCCUCGUCCAGAGCACACAAGUAUACAAUCUUCAAUGUGUGCCACGCCGUUUUUUACGCUGGCAAUAUUCGGUGUCAAAUCUGGCCGCUCUAUGUAUCCGUUUCUCAAUCUUAGUUCAUGGGUAGCACUUCCCAUUCCUUUUGAUUGGCUGCAUGUAAGAGUGUCAAAUGUGCCUAUUGGCUGAUAACCGGCCAUUUGGCUUUGCUCUUGCACCGCAAGUAUGUACUAUUUGUACCCAAUUAAGCCAUUUAUAGUGCAUUCUUCAUAAGGGCAUGCUAGCCAGUAAAUGUGGCUAAACACCAGCACUGCAUGCAUGUGGCCCAGAAACCCUUACAGCAUAUAUUGCCUAUUACUGUACAUUUCUUUCCAAUAAACCCUUUUAUGGUAUAUGGUUAAUCCUGCUUGGCAAUGGGCACAGUUGACCACAGGAACCUUUCCAUCAUGCCAGCGCAUGUUCUGUAUUUACUUUAUUUCCAGCCGUGUAUAAUUGUCAGUGUCUUGCCAACAGUGUUCUUACAAAAAACGAUGCUUUUUUCAAACAAGGAGCUGAUAUUUUUAUUGUAUACUCAUGCAACUUUCAAUAGAACCUAUAUGUUGCUUCUCGUAUGAGUUUUUGGUCAAGUGUCUGUGUUCCCUUAUGGAAACUGAAAAUGACAACAUCACUUUCCGGGUUAGUUUACAUCAGCGGCUAAUCCGGUGUGUCAUUUAAUGACGUCUGUAAUACCGUAUGCAUGGUUACUUGUUUCUUGAGGUUAAUGUCGUUGUGAGCGAUCCAUCCAUAGGUUUCCUCGUGGUCUGUGAGACUUCAUUCACAUUAUAAUCACGUAAAUAAAAACAGUACAAUACAAUAAGACAGAUCUUCCAAGUGCUAUUACACAUUGGGUGUCAUAAACGCAAAUAUUAGGAGGGUGAUGUCAGUUUUUUAUCUUUUGCUGUGCCUAAUUCAUUAUGGUUUAUCUAAUUUAACACAAUAGAUGUACGUAAGCACAGGACACAUCACAAAGGCAUGUAAUACGACCUAAAUAUGUGCCGCAAAAUGUAAACAGUUGCAGUAUAAAGAUUAUGUUUAAACCUCUUCCAAGACUAUGAAAUGAGUCCCGUCCCAGACAAUACAUCAACACUGUGAUGUCAUUUCUGUGAUACCUGACUUACACCCUAUGUUUAAGUAUGAAUAUAUUUGUUUUGUAAAUGUAAAGAGGUGAUCUGGCUGAAUAGUCUGUUGUUCAGUGUUAUUUCUGUGUUGGGGUGGUAGCCACAGUGUCAACUUUCACAAUGUUAUUACGGUAACUGUGUUUUCUCAAAACCACUGGAUGUCAUUGAAGGAAUUUGUUUGUCAUGCUGUGUCAUUUAUCCUGAAUGUAAAAUACAUCCCAACUCUGUGUGUUCACAGUUUGCAGUUUUUCUAAAGCAAUGACUCUUUCACUGUUGUGUAAACAGGGUAUUUACUGCUCUAUGACAACACAGUCUGCAAUGUGAUGCACAGUCAUUUGUUUGUGCUUCUGUGCCUAACCUAAUCUCUGUUAGGUAAACCUGAACAUGUAACAACAGAUAUAGGAUCAGAAAGGCAUGAGAGCAAUAUAUAACAACUGAAACCCACCCUUAAUCCAUAUUACUGUACCUGCUUGGCCAAUCUGCUCUUCCCUAUACUCGAUUCAUACGAUCUACACAUGUUCUUGCAGUCUCACACGGUGCCAGCCUUCCUUGCUGUCCUGUAAUUUAAGAUUUUUGUAUUGUUCUGUAUUGCACUUUCACAUGACUGUAUCAUUCAGUAACUGUAUUUUGUUUUCUUCAUGUACUCCUGAAGACAUGAUAUUAUUAUCUCUGUUCAUAAAGUCUGGAGUUUGUGUCACUGAUGUUGGGAAACGAUAUCUGUAUUGUGCAUACUUGUGCAAGACGAUCGGUGUUCUUGUCAUAUACGUGUACGUCCUGCCUGCAGACACUAUGGAGACAUAUCUGUAUAUAUUAAUCAAUAAUAUUUUUACUGCAUUUUUGUACAAAUAUUCAUGGUAGCCAUGUACAAGUAGUCGAGAUGAUUCUUUGUUAGUAUUAAAAAAAGUUUGGUUUUAAA